AUGGCGGCGCGCGGCGUGCGCGCGCUGCUCGUGAGGUGCCUCCGCGGCCGCCUGGCGCCGCCGCUCAGCCGAGGCCGCGGCGGGGCCGACGGCGGCGGCGGCUCAGUCAAAGAUGCAGGCUCUCUGACUAAACAAGCUGAAAGAAUUUUUGCUACAGACUGGAAAAAAAAAUUGACUCCAGAGCAGUUCUAUGUUACAAGACAAAAAGGAACUGAACCGCCUUUCAGUGGAAUCUAUCUGAAUAACACAGAAUCAGGAAUAUACUACUGUGUAUGCUGCGAUGCCCCACUAUUCAGUUCAGAAAAGAAGUACAAUUCUGGGACUGGAUGGCCUUCAUUUUCUGAGGCUUAUGGUACUUGUGGCAGAGAUGAAAGUAAUACCAAUAUCCUGAGACGACCAGAUAACUCAUUGGGAUCAACAAGAACUGAAGUCAUCUGCAAACAGUGCAAUGCGCAUCUAGGCCAUGUGUUUGAUGAUGGUCCUGCACCUUCUGGGCAGAGAUUUUGUAUCAACAGUGUUUCAUUAAACUUCAGACCAGGCUCCAGUCAGUAAGAAAUGGAUCUUCAGGGCUUACAGAGCUUCCUUUUACUAUUCAUACAACAAGCUUGUGAAGAACAAUCAUAUUUUUAAAUAGAACUCAAAUUUGAGUUCCUUAUGCUGUUGCAGUUUUUCUUUUCAGCUGUUAUCAGUGUUGAUAAAAUACGUAUCUUUGAUACAUGUUUGGCAGUCUGCCUUUUCGUGGUUAAUGUGAUGUAAGCAUUGAUGUUUACUGCAUUUUUUUUUUAAUUUAAAGAUGUCUGUGUGAUAUUCCAUAGAUAAAUAAUCAGCAACAUUAACUGUAUUGAGAACGUUGAAAUGAAAUGCUUUCUUGAAGCUGACUUUUAACAUUUUAAGUUCAGAUAGGCAAAGACAUUUAGUUGUAACACCCAGAAAUACAGUUACACAUGCUGAUCAUGCCAGAGCUUAUACUUCCAUAUAUUGAGUUAAUCCUACCUUUUAAAGAGAAGCAAAAAUAACAUAAAUCUCCAAACAAGGUUUGAGAGUUUGGGCUUUUUUUUCUCUCUGAUCUGAGAGAAGUUUAGCCACAUCAGUGAUUUUCUGUGAAUCCAUAAAAGAAAAUUCUGAAGUAAUGCCUAAUUAAAAAUAUACCAGGAAACAGAACCAGUGGAGAAAAGGAGUCUUUCUUCUCUUAAAUCAGUGACUUUGAUUCCAUAUCCAAUAGCAGACCUGAAAUAGGAUUUGCUUGAGGAACUUCGUAUUAGAGAAAUAUUAUUAUAACAGUGUAAUGAUCUGUGUAAUAUCUCUCCAGACUUCUGUUAUCACUUGCAUACUUCAGAAUCUGAAAAGAAAAAUGCCUGUGUAGUUUUACGUAUAUGGGGGUAAAAAAAAAACAUUAAAAAAUGUUCAAUAAAAUGAUCCUUUUCUUGAAAACAUGCCUGGUUUGUUCAUCCUUGUCCAAGUUUGUAAAUACUUUUAUACUGUUCCAAGCGUUGUCAACAUGGUUUGCUAUAACAGGAAAAUAAAUCAUACGUGUGUUAAAUUGA